GUUGUAUUUUCAUAAAGUAUCCACCCAAUCGGUAUCGCCAUUUUGUGGUUAUACCGACAGGGUCCCGUGUGGUCGAUUAUCUUCAAAGAACGAAUAUUCUCAAUAGACGUCAGGAAAUACGUCAUAGGCGUUUUUCUGUAAACAUUAAAAAUGUCUCGAGUUAUGACUGUAGAUGGAGAACAAGUGCAAUUUGUGUUAAACGAUACAGAAGACAUAAAUGCAGAAAGUUUAAGUGACAUCAUAUACUCGGAUGGCACAAGAGCUAUAUUGGUGAAUGGCGCUGGACAAAUACUUCAGACUGAUACUCAGACCGUGGUACUGCAAGAUGAUGACUUUAACCAGUAUUACAUCAAAGAUGAAAGCGGUGAAAUAUUAGUUACAAACGAAGAAGAUACCCCAGUCACUCAAUCCCUGGAAGAAGCUGAAGUUGUUCAAUUCAUCGAGGAGGAUGGCACCGCCAUGGGGCCACCCCAGAUCAUAUACGUCAACGAAGAAGGCUACGCUAUAGACGAUUCAGACUUGUCGCAGUAUCAGAUCGCGGAAGAGGACUCUGAGAGCAUAAUGCCCUCUAAAACUAUAAAAUUGGAGCAGGUCGUGGACUUGGAGGAGCUCUUGAGGCAGCAGGGAGAAAGCGAGACUGCGAUAAUCGACGAUUCCAGUGAAACAAACGGGUAUCAGUAUGCGAUACUGAAAGACGGAAAACUGCACAUCCAGUCCUACAACGGGGAGAUCUUCCCCGUUGCGGCGUCUGACAUCCUCCAGGAACAAGACGGCGACACGCAGGAGCCCGACGAGAAACAGGACUUUGACCUGUCCAGAAUAACGGGCAGGAAUCUUUUGACGGGGCAAACGGUGUCCCUACACAAUUACAUGGAUAAGCUGCAGAGGAAGAUAAAGGAGAACAAAGCGAAGGACUUGGAAACGAGUCAGAAGAGGAGGGCGGUUGGCGCGCCUGCGGGGCUCAAGGCGCUGUUAAAUAAGAAAUUAACGCUCGGGAAGACCUCCAGCGGCAAACGGUUGGUCGGGAAGGUGAUAUACGUCGAGAAGAAGAAAAAAAAAGGCGGAGAUGAUGGCGCUUUAGAAGGGAACUCGGGUCCAAUCGAGGAUUGCCUGUCUGUGGAGGAAGCGAGGUUAAAUAACGCCGAAGAGUUGCAGUUGGGGAGCGUGGAGGAGAACGAAGACACGUUAGGUUUUGACGAAGCUGGAUUGACGCUCUUACCGGAUGCCGAGCUGUCGCCGAAACCCCUCGAAAAACUACCCCCGCCGGCCGCCAGUAAAAAAAAGCUGGUCAUCCAGGAGAAGCUGGUGUCGAAGGAGUGUUUCGGCCACAUCUGCCGCACCCUGAGCGGCCUCAUGAACAUGGACACGGUGAAGAAGAAGCUGCAGUACAAGAACAUCAUCGUGAAGGUGGUGGAGAGGAGGUACGACGAGGCGACCGGCGGGUACACCAAGAAGGUAUCGUACAGCGGCGGUCACAUGCAGGAGGAGAUCGUCGUCAACGAUGAGGGCGAGAUGCUGGAGAACUGGUCGUUUGUGUUGAACGACAAUGUGAAGGCGUCGAUACUCGGGUCGCCCGGGGAGGAGGGGGGUGGACAGUACUCGGAGACCACCAACGUGACGGUGGUCAUCACGUACGAGAAGAACAACUACCGGGCCAUCCGCGUCAUCCUCAACCCGACCAACGUGAUUCGGUGCGGCGAGUGCGACAAAGAGUUCUCCACCAACCUGCAGCUGAAGGUGCACGCCCUCAACCAGCACUCGAAUAGGAACGAGGGGCGACGGGCCAAGACGUGCGAGGUGUGCGGCCUGCAGUUCGUCGAACAGGAAGACCUGCGGGAGCAUCGCAACUUGCACGUGGAGGAGGGCAAGCUGUUCCGGUGCCCGGCGGCGAAUUGCGGAAAGUUCUUUCUCACCGCGAGGCGGUUGCAGAGGCACGGCAUCCUGCACGGCUCGGACCAGAGGCCGUUGGAGUGCUCCAUUUGUGCCCGCAGGUGUUCGAGCGAAUCCGGCUUGAAGAGGCACCUGAUGACGGCGCACAUGAAGGUGAAGCCCUUCAACUGCGACGCUUGCGGGAAAGGUUUCACCAACCCGGGCGACUUGAAUUUCCACAAACGCGUCCACGGUCCUUACAAAUACUACGAGUGCGACAUCUGCAAGAGGACCUUCUCCAGGCACUCGAAUCUGCAACGUCACAUCGAGAUCCACAGGGGCUCCGAGGAGCUUUAUCAGUGCACUAUAUGCGGCUGUUCGUACCAUUACAUGUCUUCCCUGACGAGGCACGUAGUACAGAACCACAUCAAACGAUCCGAUGGGGAAACGCCGCCCGUGUUGGUCGAUAACGACGAAGCGGCUUAAAUAGUUCAGCUUCUUUCUUUUUUUGUUGUCUUUUUGUAUCUUGUUUAAUAAAUAUUUUUCCAAGUUGGCCAAAAAAGGACGUUG